AUGGCCGAAGAACGAGUGUUGAGUGUCGCUCCGUCCAUUGUGGACCCGGUGCCGCGCACGAAACCUCGACCUACACGUUCGGGACUAGGAUUGGAGUUUGUGUAUUCCCCGAGCGAUGAUGGAGUGGACGAGAAUUUAUUGAUUGUUUUGCAUGGGCUUGGGGACACGAUGGCCCCGUUUGUACGAAUGGCCAAGCAAUUAAAGCUUCCCCAGACAGCGAUACUCGUCUUACAAGCCUCAGAUCCAAUUCCGUUUUUGGAUCAAGGCGAAGAAAUGUAUCAGUGGUAUACAUCGUUUACGUCCCUCGGAGAGAUGAUUGAACGUCCGAAUCCGUUGCCGGCCGUUGAGAAAAUACACCGAGCCAUCGCACAUCUCAAAGACGAAUGCCGUUGGACCGAAUCAAGGAUUCAUCUGUUCGGAUUCGCACAAGGGGGAACUGUCGCACUCGAAUCUGCGCUCCGUCUCCCGGGAGGUAUCAAGUCGGUGGUGUCUGUCGCGGGGGGGCUGGUCGAGGUUCCGACCCGAGCAGGACCCGGGGCUGGAAGCCGGGUUUUGUACGUAGGGCCGAGCGCGGGGGAAGGGGGGUUGCGCAAAGGGUUCGGAAUUGUGCGGACGGAGAAGAUGGAUGAGCAAGUGUUUCCUGGCUCGCGUUCGCGGGCCUCGACUACGGUUAUCCAGCGGACGGCGACACCUCUGGGAGUCUCUCAACACCAUCGUCGGUCCCUGGGUGUUAUUGACGAGCGCCCGCGAAGGGAGAGUGGUAGCGGUAACAACGGCAACGGCAACGGCAACACCCACAUACCCACGAGCACACCGCUCUCCACAUACGCACGCAUCCUGGCCAAGUUCCGACGACAAGCAUCCGACGGUCACGUACCGGUCUCGGUCCCAAUAGGCGCAGACAAGAGUGCUAGUGCCAGUGCCAGUGCUAGUGCCAGUGCUAGUGCUAGUACUGGACCAAGUACGGUUCGGCCCAGGCGUACACUUCGGAAGCGGACUUCUUCAAUCCGGCCUGCCACACCGCCUCACAGCCGUCCACCACUAGCAAGUGCGGCUCCGUCCCAAUCCAACACAACUCCUUCCUCUUCCAAGCGCCGUAUAUCUCCCGUUCGUCGCACGACGUCACCCGUGCCCUUCAAUCCCCCAAACUUACAAAAUCAAAAAAUUCCCAAUAUUCCGUCAAACGCCCCCCCUCCCGCUCCCAUCCCCGUCCCCACCCCGGUCCCUGCCCCCCGGAGACCGCAGGUUGGGACUGCCUCUCCUCACCCUCCCGACAUGCACCACCCAUCCAGCCCACCAGCAACGAAACAGAACUUAAAGUCAUGGUGGAAACAGUUCAAGAAUGCCCAGGGUGGCAUUCUCAAGCGGGAUCCCGAUGAGCUUGUCAAGAACGCGCCCCACAAGGUGUUCGGCAUUCCCUUGCGCGAGAGUCUGCGCUAUGCGAGUGUGCAGAUCUCCACUGCCAAUCCACAGGGCGAGCUCUAUGUCUGGGGCUAUAUCCCCGUCGUCGUGGCCAAGUGCGGCCUUUUCCUCAAAGAAAAUGCAACCGAAGUCGAAGGCGUAUUUCGAAUCAACGGAUCCAACAAGCGCAUGCGUGAUCUCCAGAGCAUCUUUGAGUCACCUCCCAGAUAUGGCAAGGAUCUCAAUUGGAAACACGAGUCCUACACCUCGCAUGACGUCGCCAGUGUCUUCCGUCGCUAUCUCACCCAGAUGCCGGAACCCGUCAUUCCGACAGAGCAGUACCAUGCUUUUCGGGCCGCUCUAGCGGAUCGAUCCAAGAGCGAGAACGAUGUUAUUCAGACUUACCGAAAGUUGAUCAAGGAGAUGCCCCGUGCGAACCAAUACCUUUUGCUUUAUGUUUUAGAUCUCCUCUCGGUGUUUGCCCGUAAAUCGGACAAGAACCUUAUGACCGAGUCUAAUCUCGCAGUGAUUUUCCGACCAGGGAUCAUCAGUCUUCCUGCACACGAGAUGAAGCCAACUGAACACGCUCUAUCACAACAAGUCCUCGUGUUCCUCAUCCAGCACCAGGAUCACUUUAUGCUCGACCCUCCAGCCCGGGGCGAUUCCAUCAUGCUUAGUGCAGGCAUGAGCCCCGGCAUCGAGCGGAACACUUAUAUCGGCUCUCACCCCGGCCAGUUCAGUCCUGGCGUGGAGAGGCCAGGGUAUAUCGUACCUAGUGACAGCGACGAGGACCCUCCGCCAGGCGGCUACAAACUCGUCGAACGUCGCCGAGACCCAACAACAGGCUCACUCGCCCGCCGACGCUCGUUCCAUGACCCAGGCACGAACCUAGGUCCGCUCACGACCGAACCCGAGUCCAUCGGCUCCGAAUCUCCCGUCACAACCGAGUCCGGUGGCGGAGGAGGCAAAGUAAAACGAUCAAGAACGGUGCCUUCCCAACGAGGAGCGAGUGUGCUCGAUUCGAGCAAUGGAUCCAAGCGGCGAAUGAAGCGGUUGGAUACCCUCGGAAGCGUGGGGAGCACGGUCGAGUCUGGAGCCGCGAGUACGUUGUCGGGUGUUGGCGGGAGCGCGAUCGAGCAUGAUUCGGCGCCGACGCCGACGAGUAGUACGGUAGCAGUCGUGAAUGCUGCGCCUCCUGCUGGCCGACCGUCGACAUCAUAG